AUACGUAUAUUUGAAAAUGUUUGUUAAAUUAUCUCGAACUCGAAGAGAACAAAGUACUCGUUUUUUGCUUUACAUAUUGGAAUUGUGUUUUUUUUUCUCCAUCUACGCGCCUAGUACCAGCCCCUACAUAUGUAAGCGCUCAAGUUCACCUUCAAUUAUUUUUUGCGGUGGGACAUCACCAAACCACUUUUGCGCAUUUCAUUCGUUGGCUGCGCGUAACAUGCAACACAACACUUUAGUAUUGCAAAAUUUUAUUGAUCGCAAAUAAAAAAUUAAUUCACUAAACAAACGUGAAGCAAAGUUAACACAUUUGCAAUGUACAUCUACGAGCCACCAACAAAAAAUUCAUUUACUACAGUGGAAGAAUUCCAAGAGGCCUUCAACCUCUUCGACAAUCGCGGUGAUGGUAAAAUCCAACUGAGUCAAGUGGGCGAGUGUUUGCGUGCACUCGGUCAGAAUCCCACUGAAUCGGAUGUAAAGAAAUGCACUCACCAAUUGAAGCCUGACGAACGGAUUAGCUUCGAAGUAUUCUUACCUAUCUAUCAGGCGAUUUCCAAGGCGCGUUCUGGCGAUACUGCCGAUGAUUUCAUUGAAGGUUUGCGUCAUUUCGACAAAGAUGCCAGCGGUUUCAUUUCAUCAGCUGAAUUGAGACAUCUACUAACUACGCUGGGUGAGAAGUUAACCGAUGAAGAGGUCGAACAGCUAAUGACCAAUCAAGAGGACACACAAGGCAAUGUGAAUUAUGAAGAAUUUGUGCGUAUGGUAAUGAAUGGUUAAUGUUUAUACGUUUAGCAGUGGCCUGCAUUUAAAUAAAUAAUAAAGAAAAUUAAAAACGUUUAUAAUUCCCUUAACAUGCCUACCUGUAUCAAUAUUAAUGAACACAAUGAAAAUCAGUAAUUAACAAAAAACAAUUAAAAAUAAUAAAUAUUUAUGUAUGUAUAUUAAACAAAAAGUAUUCCAAGCGCAUGUGCAGCAAAUGUUUGUCGCCAAUUCGAGAAUUUAUAUAUUGAACUAAAGUAUAUACUUACUUUUAUUGUUAUUGAAGCACAUUGCAGCUGUUUGUAUGUAGCAUAUGUAUUUAUGUGUAAGCUGCAUGUGGCAGUGCAACUUUGCAUAUCCUCUAAAAUAAAAAAAAAGUUAAUAAUGUAUGUAAGCUUUUUAAGGCAUAUUACUUACGUUCGUACAUAUGUAUGUAAAUCAAAUAAUGAUUAAAUGUUUUUUGUACA